GGUGGUUUUGGUAUCCCUUCCAGCUAUUUUUUUCCCCCUGACCAGCUCAGGGUGGUUCAAGCUGAUUCCUUUCCUCUAUUAGCAUCAGUGGUGGGUGUGUGCCGGUCACCUCGCUCCAGUUUUGCGGGGUAUAAAGCUGGCAAGCCCCUCUCCACCCUGUCCCCCACCUGGCAGGCUCCUGGGCAGGGGCAAUGGCUGAGCUGUCCAUCCCAGAUCUGCCCCCGGCCCGCUGCAGCGGCCGCUUCACCAUCAGCACCCUGCUGGGCGUGGAGGAGGGGUGCAGGGGUCCCUACACACCCACCGAGGGGUCCAGCUGCGACAGCGUCCAGCCCACCCACCUGUCCAGCAGCACCCUCUGCACCAGGACCUUCGGCUACAACACGGUGGAUGAGGUGCCAGCCUACGACCACUAUGCCAACAGCAAGGGGGUGGGCGACCCCAGGAAGGGCAGGCCCUCGCUGGCUGACCUGCACUCCAUCCUGAAGGUAACAGGGUUUGGCUGUACCCAUAGCAUCUCUGGCAUCCCCGGUCAUGCUGCUGGUCCCUGUGAAGUGGCUGUGGUGGGUCACUCUGUCUCCUGCCUCUUGCCUGACCCGGGCCGCCUUCACACGCCAGUGUCUGACCUGCAGCAGAGCAAUGGCCUGCCAGAGGCUGGGCUGGAGGAGGCAGAAGGGGAGCCAGGCAGAGACUCCGUGCCAGAACCUGUCCGUUUUGGAUGGGUGAAGGGCGUCAUGGUGAGUGUGACCCAUCCCCCACAGAGUAUCCUCCUGCCUUCAGCAGAGCUGGCAUGGUUUGGCCAUCCCCAGGUGUCAAUGCCUGAUGGCCAGUUCCCCUCUGUCCCCCCUCAGAUUCGCUGCAUGCUGAACAUCUGGGGAGUUAUCCUCUACUUGCGCUUGCCCUGGAUCACCGCCCAGGCAGGAAUCGCCCUGACAUGGCUUAUCAUCCUCAUGUCCGUGACAGUGACCACCAUAACCGGCUUGUCCAUCUCUGCCAUAUCCACCAAUGGCAAAGUGAAGUCAGGAGGCACCUACUUCCUCAUCUCACGGAGCCUCGGGCCGGAGCUGGGCGGCUCCAUCGGGCUGAUCUUUGCCUUUGCAAACGCGGUGGCUGUGGCCAUGCACACAGUGGGCUUUGCUGAAACUGUCCGGGACCUGCUGCAGGAACACAAUUCCCUCAUCGUGGACCCCACCAAUGACAUCCGAAUCAUUGGGGUCAUCACUGUGACGGUGCUGCUGGGCAUCUCCCUGGCUGGCAUGGAAUGGGAGGCCAAGGCACAAAUACUGUUCUUCCUGGUCAUCUUGGUUUCCUUCAUUAACUACCUUGUGGGGACAGUGAUCCCAGCCACUGCUGAGAAGCAAGCAAAGGGCUUCUUCAGCUACCGAGCUGAUAUUUUUGCCCAGAACUUAGUGCCCAACUGGCGUGGACCUGAGGGCUCCUUCUUUGGCUUGUUUUCCAUUUUCUUCCCAUCUGCAACUGGUAUCCUGGCCGGGGCCAACAUUUCAGGUGACCUGAAGGAUCCUGCUGUGGCCAUCCCCAAGGGCACCUUGAUGGCCAUCUUCUGGACCACUGUGUCCUACCUGGUGCUUUCUGCUACCAUUGGUGCCUGUGUGGUCCGAGAUGCCUCAGGCAGCCUGAACGACAGCGUGGCCGUGGGCUCGCCGGGCUGUGAGGGACUGGCCUGCAGCUUCGGCUGGAACUUCACUGCCUGCACCCAACAGCAGAGCUGCCGAUACGGGCUCAGCAACUACUACCAGAGCAUGAGCAUGGUGUCUGGAUUUGGCCCCCUCAUUACAGCAGGGAUCUUUGGUGCUACCCUCUCCUCAGCAUUGGCCUGCCUUGUCUCAGCCCCCAAAGUCUUCCAGUGCCUCUGCAAGGACCAGCUCUAUCCUCUCAUCGGCUUCUUCGGGAAGGGCUAUGGGAGGAACAGCGAGCCCAUCCGUGGCUACAUGCUCACCUAUGUCAUUGCCAUUGGCUUUAUCCUCAUCGCUGAACUCAAUGCCAUCGCCCCCAUCAUCUCCAACUUCUUCCUCUGCUCCUACGCCCUCAUCAACUUCAGCUGUUUCCACGCCUCCGUCACCAACUCCCCAGGCUGGAGACCCUCCUUUCGGUAUUACAGCAAGUGGGCUGCGCUCUUUGGAGCUGCUGUCUCAGUGGUGAUCAUGUUCCUGCUGACCUGGUGGGCAGCCCUCAUUGCCUUCGGGAUCGUCAUCUUCCUCCUGGGAUAUGUCCUCUACAAAAAGCCAGAUGUCAACUGGGGCUCCUCCAUGCAAGCUAGCUCCUACAACAUGGCCCUCAACUAUUCAGUGGGGCUGAGUGAAGUGGAUGAGCACAUCAAGAACUACAGACCGCAGUGCCUGGUACUGACUGGCCCACCCAACUUCCGCCCGGCACUGGUGGAUUUUGUGGGGACCUUCACCAAGAACCUCAGCCUGAUGCUCUGCGGCAAUGUGCUGAUUGGACCACGGAAGCAGAAGAUGCCAGAGUCCCGGCUGAUGGCAGACGGCCACACUAAGUGGCUAAUGAAGAGGAAGAUCAAGGCUUUCUACACAGAUGUGGUCGCUGAGGAUUUGAGAAGUGGUGUCCAAAUGCUCAUCCAGGCUGCUGGCCUCGGGAAGAUGAGACCUAACAUCUUAGUGCUGGGCUACAAGAGGAACUGGAGGACGGCAUCUCCACAGAGCCUGGAGGACUACGUGGGCAUCCUGCACGACGCUUUCGAUUUCAAGUAUGGCGUGUGCUUAAUGCGGAUGAAAGAAGGGCUGAAUGUUUCCCGAGUGCUGCAGGCACACGUUAACUCCACAUUUGAGGCAGCAGAGCACCCCAAGAAUGGCACUGGCAGCAAAGCAGCCCCAGGCACAGCAGACCCCACUGCCUUGGCCAGUGAGCAGCAGGCAAGCACCAUCUUCCAGAGCAAGCAGGGCAAGAAGACCAUUGACAUUUACUGGCUCUUUGAUGAUGGAGGUCUCACGCUGCUCAUCCCCUACCUCCUGGGGCGCAAGAAGCGAUGGGGAAAGUGCAAAAUCCGGGUGUUUGUUGGCGGGCAGAUCAACAGGAUGGACGAGGAGAGGAAGGCGAUUGUCUCUCUGCUGAGCAAGUUUCGCCUUGGUUUCCAUGAGGUCCACAUCCUCCCUGACAUCAACCAGAAACCCCGGCCAGAGCACAUCAAGAGAUUUGAUGAACUCAUCGCUCCCUUCAGGCUGAACGAUGGCUUCAAAGAUGAGGCCACAGUGAAUGAGAUGAGACAGGGCUGUCCCUGGAAGAUUUCUGAUGAGGAGGUCGAUAAAAACAGAGCCAAGUCGCUCCGCCAAGUGAGGCUGAAUGAGAUUUUGCUGGAUUACUCACGGGAUGCAGCACUCAUAGCCAUCACUCCGCCCAUCGGCAGGAAGGGCCGCUGCCCCAGCUCCCUCUACAUGGCCUGGCUCGAGACCCUCUCUCAGGACCUGAGACCCCCCGUCAUCCUCACACGAGGAAACCAAGAGAAUGUGUUGACCUUUUACUGCCAAUAAAACCUCCUGCAUUCCUGAUGA